AUGGAUUUAUACAAUUCCAGCGGAAUCGGCGCGUCAUUGUUUGUCCCUCCAAAUUCUUCAUUAUCUGUGGAAAGUCGAACCUCACUGGCUACUGUAGCAGGUCUCGCCGCUCUUGUGAGCUUUCUAAUUGUGUUCACUAUCGUCGGGAACGUCUUGGUUGUAAUCGCCGUGUUAACUAGUAGAGCACUAAAAGCUCCUCAGAACCUUUUUUUGGUUUCGUUAGCAAGCGCAGACAUCCUGGUGGCAACACUGGUUAUGCCCUUUUCUUUGGCAAAUGAACUUAUGGGCUAUUGGUUUUUCGGGAAAGUUUGGUGUGGUAUUUAUUUGGCAUUAGAUGUCUUGUUCUGCACUUCGUCCAUUGUACAUCUGUGCGCAAUCAGUUUAGAUAGAUAUUGGUCUGUGACACAGGCAGUUGAGUAUAAUCUUAAAAGGACACCCAGAAGAGUAAAGUGUAUUAUAGUCAUUGUUUGGUCAAUAUCUGCUGUUAUAUCCUCUCCACCGUUAAUUUCCAUUGACGGAAACAACGACAACCUCGUCUACCCACAGUGUCAACUAAACGAUGAUACGUGGUAUAUUCUCUCAUCUAGCACAGCAUCAUUUUUUGCCCCUUGCAUAAUUAUGAUAUUGGUGUAUAUUAGAAUAUACCAAGUUGCCAAAACCAGAACGAGACACAUGUCAGAGAAAAAACAAGGGGCAGAUGGUUCUCCCCAGACUGAAAAUGGACUGAGCAAAGCCACCUCUUUUAAAAUGAAUAGUGAGAGGGAAAAUGGACACUGCCCAUCCAUGUCUAAUGAUCAGAAACCAGGGGAGAAAAAUGAAGUUGACCAAGAGGAGAGCAGCUCGUCAGAGGGGAAAAGCAAGAAGCCCCAGGAUCCCAGCUCAAGGAAGGACAGUAGGGGCAGCAGGAAGAACAGCUCUUUGUCCAAAAAUUCCAGCCGCAUAUCCAGGACCAGCAACAAAUCCAUCGAUCUCUUCACCUCCCGGCGGAAAAGGAGAAACACGGCGUCUCGGAAGAAAAUCUCCCAGGCCAGAGAGAAGAGGUUUACCUUUGUGCUGGCCGUUGUGAUGGGAGUGUUUGUAGUAUGCUGGUUUCCAUUCUUCUUCAGCUACAGCCUGUAUGGGGUGUGCAGGCAAUCCUGUGAGAUACCUGAGACCCUCUUUAAGUUCUUCUUCUGGAUUGGAUAUUGCAACAGUUCCCUGAACCCGGUCAUUUACACAAUCUUCAAUCAAGAUUUUCGGAGAGCAUUCCAAAAAAUCCUUUGCAAGUCAUGGCAAAAAUCUUUCUAA